CCGCUAGUCAUCGUUCAGAGAGUGCAGCACCAUGGCUUCGACUGACGAAAAGAUAGCAGGAUCGACUGAGUCUGAGAAGGGCAAUCACGAACAGUCCAUCGACGAGAGCAACCAUGGGAUUUCUGACGUCGACUUAGCAAACUAUUACGAGGAGAACGCAGGUAGUUUGGUCAUCGAUCCAGAGGAGGCGAAGAUCGAGUUCGGCGAAAAGGCAGCUUCCGGGCUCAAGCUCUCUCGGGAUGGCACGAAAGUACUCUGGCCUCAGCCGUCGGAUGACCCCGAAGACCCACAAAACUGGUCGGAUCACCGAAAGAUAUUACAUCUCAUCAUCAUCACGCUGGCAGCAAUUGUUCCAGAUUUCGAUUCCGGCGUAGGUAUUGCGGGGAUUUUUGCACUUGCGGCGCAGUUCAAUACGACUACUGGAGAGAUUAACAACUUAACUUCAAAUUGGAGUAUUUUCCUGCUAGGAUGGGGUGGUAUCUUCGCUGUGAUGAUCAUGCGCAAAGUAGGGCGACUCCCGAUUCUUUUCUGGUCGCAAGUACUAGCACUGGCGUUCAUGGUUGGGUGUACUUUUGCGCCGACUCUGAAGACAUUCACGGCCUUCCGAUGCUUGACCGCGUUCUUCGGAACGUGUCCACAAGUUACUGGUCUCUUCGUCGUCUCAGACAUGUACCCGUUCCAUUUGCAAGCUAGGAUGCUCAAUAUCUGGACUAUGGGUUUCAUUUUGUCGCCGUUCCUCUCACCGUUCGCUUUCGGGUUCCUCGUCGCUCGACAAAGUUGGCGUUGGGCGUACGGUUGCGCUACGCUCUACGGCGCCGUAGUCGUCUUCCUCAUCGCCUUCUUCAUGGAAGAGACAUUAUACGAUCGACACAUUAAGGGCCUCCCACCAAGACGAUCAAAGGGUCUUCGUUACCGCGUCGAGACGCUCAUUGGCAUAACAGGAGCCCGUUUGAUUAAAUUCCGUCAGUCGUGGACCAGUUCGAUCCUCGCGCCUCUCACGAUCGUCUGGAGGCCGCACCUUCUUCUCAUUCUUCUGUUUGAGGCUAUGGUGUUCGGUUUCAGUAUUGGAAUUAACGUAACAAACGCUGUAUUCCUCGGCACACCCCCUCCCGUCGGUUUUGGCCUUAGCGAAGACGCAAUUUCAGGCAGUUACGGUACACCUAUCGUUGCCGUACUCAUCGGUGAAGUGGUCGGUCGUUAUGCAAACGAAUGGUUCAUGAACAUGGGUAUUAAGAGGAACAAAGGUGUCUUCGAGGCUGAAACUCGUCUUUGGGCCUGUUACAUAGCUAUGCCUUUGUAUCUCUGCGGUUUCCUCACGCUCGGAGGUUCGAUCCAAAAUAAGUUGUCCAUAGGAGGAGUGAUUAUGGGAUGGGGUAUUGCUGAGGUCGCUGUCAUGAUAAACACGGUGGCUGUCUAUGCAUACUGCAACGAUUGUUUUCCCCGACACAAGGGUGAGAUCUCCGGGCUGAUCAAUCUAGCGCGUACACUCGGCGGUUUCAGUGUAGCAUACUUCCAAGUACCCUGGGCAACGAAGAACGGGGCUUUACAGACUUUUGGUGUCGAAGCUGCCAUUGUCAUGGCACUUUUCAUACUUAUCGUGCCGUUCAUCCAAAUCAAGGGGAGGAGUCUCAGGCACAAGUACGGAUACUGAAGUCAAGGGACAAGCUACUUCCGACAACGUCCAACGAAGAUACAGAAUCGCUUUUGUAGGAUUUUAAUGGGAUGUUAAUGACCGUUCAUUUCAUAUGGAACAGUUUAUGUCGCUUUGAUUGGAUGACUUGUGCUUCGCCUUCUUGUGUA